CAAACACAUAUGGGCUCUGGGCCUUGAAAUUGAGUCCGGCCCAAAUGUAUUGGCUGCUUGCUUUUCUUCUCUCUCCCCCGCUACUGGAUUUUCUCUCUCUGAUGUUUUUCACUGCGGCCUGGUCGGCGGCUAUGGUGCUGAUUGUCUGAGCAGGGAGCAGUCCUUGAGCAACUGUUUCACUUUUAGUGGCGGCGAGGAGCUCACAAAUCUCUACUGUCCCUCUACUUUGUAGCCGCCAGAGAUGGCAGAAGAAGAGAAGGAGGAGAGCGUACCGGUGCUGCCGUGGAUGAGGAACCCGGUGGACGUCAGUCUGUCGGAGGAAUGUCAGCUCCAUCUCCUCCCUUUUCUUGAUCCCCGGUUGAGGGUGGCUUUGCAGAAGAUGGGCAUAUCUUCACUGUUCCCAGUGCAAGUUGCAGUGUGGCAAGAGACAAUUGGACCAGGCGCAUUUGAGCGAGACCUCUGUAUCAACUCCCCAACUGGAAGUGGGAAAACUUUAGCCUAUGCCUUACCAAUCGUGCAGGUCCUUUCCACUCGUGCUGUUAAUUGUCUUCGUGCUUUAGUGGUGUUGCCGACUCGAGAUUUAGCCUUGCAGGUUCUAAACAUUUUUGAUGCUAUUGCUCCUGCGGUAGGACUGUCUGUUGGUUUGGCAGUCGGUCAAUCUUCCAUUGCCGAUGAAAUUUCGAAUCUUGUAAGGAGACCGAAGCACGAGGCAGGCAUCUGUUAUGACCCAGAGGGCCCUCCCCCAGAGCUACAAAGUGCAGUGGAUAUCCUGGUGGCGACUCCAGGAAGACUCAUGGAUCAUAUCAAUUCUACUAAGGGAUUUACACUCGAGCAUCUUUGUUAUCUUGUAGUCGAUGAAACAGAUAGACUACUUAGAGAGGCAUACCAAUCCUGGUUACCAACUGUGCUCCGAAUUACUGAAGCUAACGAUGGAGGCCUCUCUAAUACAAGGGAUUUCUCCCUUCCCAUAUUCGGUUCAUUAAAAACCAUUAGGAGAUGUGGCAUUGAAAGAGGCUUUAAGGGUAGAUCUUACCCUAGACUUGUGAAGAUGGUACUUUCAGCUACUCUCACUCGAGAUCCGAGCAAGCUUGCCCAACUCAACCUGCAUCAUCCCUUGUUCUUGACAGCUGGGAAGAGACGUUAUCGGUUCCCAGAAAAAUUGGAAUCAUAUAAGUUGAUAUGCGAAUCAAAGCUGAAACCCAUCUACUUGGUCUCGCUUCUGCAAAGUCUCGGAGGGGAGAAGUGCAUUGUCUUCACAUCGUCUGUGGAGUCUACACACCGUCUAUGCACCCUACUAAAUUUCUUCACCGAUUUGCAACUGAAGAUCAAAGAGUAUUCAGGCCUUCAACGCCAAUCAGUAAGGAGUAAGACAUUGAAAGCAUUCAGAGAAGGUGACGUGCAAGUUCUCGUUUCGUCGGAUGCAAUGACUCGUGGAAUGGACGUGGAAGGGGUGAAGAAUGUUGUAAAUUACAAUAUGCCCCCGUACAUCAAGACUUAUAUCCAUCGAGCUGGUCGUACAGCACGAGCUGGGCAAAGUGGCCGGUGCUUCACUUUGUUGCGUAAAGAAGAGGUCAAGCGUUUCAAGAAGCUGUUGCAGAAAGCUGACAACAAUUCAUGCCCUGUUUAUUCUGUUCCUUCAAGUUCUAUCGAAUCCCUGCGCACUACUUACACAUCUGCGCUGGAGAAAUUGAAAGAGGUAGUUGAAUCUGAGGCAUCAAAGAAGCACAAGAUUGGAAUGAAGCCUCUACAAGCGAGGGAUCAGAAGAAACAACGCAAAAAGUAGAUUUCUAUGGUUAUCGGAUACGAAUACGUCCUGAUGAGGUAUUGUGAUUGUUUUGUGCAUAAUGUGAAUUUUAGUUUCUUUGUGCAGAAUUAUGGAGAGCCCAUUCAAUUUCUUUCUCUGUUUUAGUAAACACCAGUACUUCUGUAAGGUAGUGGGGAUAUUUAUUGAGUUUUGAUGUGUAAAACAUAAGGAAGAACAGAAACUUUCAUAGGAACCUAGUAGCGCUUCGAUCAGUUCGAUAAACUACACAAUGCUUGUAUCUGAGAUGACAAAAGUUAAAAACCGUUUAUUGUCCAUUCAGAGGUUCCUCAAAAAACUGCUCCCUCUAAGGUCUCAGCUCUUCUGGUUCACCGAACUGACCCCCUUAUCUUUUGCAAAGCCGAUCAUCAGGGUGAAAACCCAUUGGACUAUCAAUCAUGAGUGAUUGCAUCCAGCAGUCAGGAGCUUUCAGUUCUCGAAGAAGGACAGGUAUUGGCGGACUUCAUGGAGGAAGUGCUUUGAAUUCACCGAGAAUGAAGCAGAACUCGAAGCGGAAGUAAUACUCCUGGGGGAUGAGGAACUGGUCCUCGGAGAUGGAGAAUGAGAUUCGCCUGCAGUGACGAUAUCGUCUCUCUCUUCUUCGCUGAUUGUGUCCAGCAUCUUCCGCGUUCUGUGCCGCAUGACACUAACAAACUGCGGAGGUGCAACCUCCGUCACGAACCUUGCAAGCCUUGCAUUUGCCAUUCGUUUUAUUCGUUUUCUUGAUUAUAUUGAGGACAGGAGGAGAAGUUGAGAUGAAGGAAACGGUGAGUUUGGUUAUGAAUGACUACUGAGACUGGUAUGAGGUUUAUAUACCCUUUUCUUGAUUACGGCAUGUACUGAGUCAGCGGCCAUAAUUGAUUGUCAAAAGUGGGCUUUUAACUCCUUGA